AUGGCAUCGACAAGCCAUAACAAUUGCACUGAUAAUUUGAUAUCUUCAUUCACUGCAUCACUCAAAUCUGACCUUGAUAGCCCAGUGACAUCGAAUUUUGGCAAUCACAUCGCUGAUUAUCAUACUCAGGUUCAAAAUAUCGCUGAGCAAAUCGAGAAUGAUGCGUCCGAGUUUGAGAGAUUACGAAAGAUCUCGAAAGAUAUUGAGGAUGGGAUUGGCACUCUUGCUAAACAGCUAAAUGCAUUCGCACAAGUUUCUAAAGAGUUAGCUGAAAAAUGGACGACAAAAUCAGAGAAUGACACAGAAUCAGAUGCAGCAAUUGCGUUGCUGAAGAUGGAACUCUUCAUGAGGAAUGAAUCCGAAUUGAUGAAUGGACAGUUGAGGAACUGGCACAACAAUAUGGUGCAUCCGUUAGAUCUUCUUGUAAAGUCACCAAAUGAACUGAAAAUCAAGAACGUUGACAAAGCAUGUCGUGAAUACGAUAGUAAAUUCGUGAAAACGGAAAAUGAAACACGCAAAAUAGCCAAACAAUGCGGUUAUACACGAAGUCAACUAAGUCAUGGUGAACUGGCUGAGCAGUUAUCAAAAGAAAGAAUAUUCGUCGAGUACGAGCUGUGUAAGUUCAUGCUGGGCGCAGAUUCGUUCGAGGACAAACGCGGUGCACAACUAUUCAGACAUUUCAUGGAACUGUUCAGAUCUCAAGAUAUUUAUUAUAAAGAGAGACUGAAACUGAAUGAGCAUUUUCGAAGUGAUCUGGAGAGACUGGAGGAGCGAAUGCAGGCGAGGAAUGCAACUCGAUGUCAGCAACGUAAUGCGUUGUUCGACUUGAAAACAUGUCUCGAAACUCAUUCAGAAAUCAUUCGAAAUGCAUCUGGAAAUCGUCAGAUGAGUCGAGCGGAUUCCUUAUUGAAUCGUUCAUCAUUGUCGCAAUCGACAAUAUCAGGUAGCACUGAUAAGAGUAAACAAAAGUUGAUAUCGUCGUCAGCCAACAUGACAGCACAAUCACAAUCGAAUGGCAGCAAUGCAGAUAAAUCGAUGUUGAAUCAAAGCGCUCACCACAAAGUGGCCUUAACACCAAUGAAUCAAGUGCCACUGAACAUGUCAACAUCAGUACACCAACAACAACAACAGUCAUCAAACGAUGAGCGUAUUGAUUUGAAUGGUUAUCUAUUCAAAAAGACCAACAAUAAGCUGCAUAAACUGUGGCAAAAAAGGCGAUGUCGUCUUCACAAUGGAUAUUUCUGCAUAUCGCACUCUGAUGAGAGUCUCGCACCAGUCAGGAUGGACUUACGAAUAUCGGAUUGUAAACCUUCAGCGGAUGACCCGAAAGCGUUCGAUUUUUAUUGUCGUGAUCGAACGUAUCAUCUGCAAGCCGAAACUGAGGCGCUUUUGCAACAAUGGAUAUUGGCUAUGAAGCAAGAGAUGGAACGUGUAAAAUCCAAGAUGUUGACAUCGGAUGAUCAGACAUCGAGUUCGGUGUGGUUAAAUCAGAAUGCAUCAACUGAGAGGGAUAUGAACGAUCAGUUAUGCAUCAGCACUCUGAAGGCUUUACCUGGCAAUCUGAGAUGUGCCGAUUGCUCAUCAACAAAACAAGUUGAAUGGCUCUCAAAUAUCGGUUCAUUAGUGUGCAUCGCGUGUAGUGGAGUUCAUCGUGAGUUAGGUGUGCACAUCAGUCGAAUUCAUUCAAUCGAUUUGGAUGUCAUUUCGGCAGUCGAAUACUUGGUACCUCUUGCCACCGGGAAUACACUGAUCAAUCGCAUUUUUGAAUAUAAUGAAACGUCGUGUGCGCAGUGGAAACCGACAGCUGAAUGCACAAGAAGUGAUCGUCAACGCUUUAUACAAUAUAAAUAUCGCGAUCGAUGUUAUAUCGAGAAAGUCGAGCAAGCUGAUCGACUGUUUUGUGAUGCACUGCGUGAACUGGAUGUCGAAAAAGCGUACAGAGCUUUAUUAAGUCCAUCAUUAACAUCUCUACCAUUCGAAGUGAACGGUCCAUUUCAAACGCUGAUCCAAAAGACUAAAGCGAUGUCAUUAGUGAUUGCCCAACUUGUUGUACAACUCAGGAUCGGAUUGCCUUCACUCGAAUCGAUACUCGUUGAUUGUGUGAAUAAUGCGAAUAUUGAUCUACUCAUCAUUCUAUUGCAAAGUCAUGCGUUUAAUUCGUUGUUAUCCAACGGAUUCAGUCUGGAGCCACUCGAAAGACUCGCCCACAAAUUGGGUCAUCAUAACAUUGUUGAAUUAUUGUGCUCAGUGCAGUCUCCCGAACGUACAUUGUUCAAACAGUUCACUAUACCAGCAUCGCUCAUUUCACAAGCAUCUCAAUCAGAUUCAUUGAGUGCAUCUUCAUCAUCGUCAUCGCACUUGCCCAACACGAAUGCAGAGGUUGACUUGAUAGCAACAAACGAACAAAAUUCUGCACAAACUCCCUCUGCACAAAUUGAUGUGUUGAUGCGGAAUGGCACUACGAUUCCAGUUGAACGCGGUUCGUUCGUUUCGUUUUAUUUCCAUUUGCACUAUUCUUGUUUUUUUGUUGACAGUAAUUUUGAGAUGUGCUUUUCAAUUGCAAUGUAA